AUGGAGGUGGGAUUUUCUCGAAGUGAAGCAGCACUAGUCUCCGAGCUAUCAGCAACGGUCGAACCGGGCUUCUCCUGGCUGGGACCCGAAAAUUUCUCGUUUUUGGACAACAUCUCUCCUUAUAGCAACUUCUUCACCCCAAGGAACGAAAAUUCACUGAACAGUGUCGUAAGCAAUGUUGGUGGCGCUUUGUUCUCGCCCAGCUCCUCCACGAGAAUUAGAAACUACGAGCAGAAGGGAACGCAAGUAACAGUGACAUCUCCGAUUCAACAAUUGGCAAGCCUUAGUGUGGCAAUGUAUGAGUAUGCCUCUAAUCUCCCAUCAAGAUGUGAAGCGAGAGCUGGCAAACCAACACGCUUUGUCUUUGAGGACCUCUUCCAUCUCACUCUUGAGCUCAUGUGA